UGGACCCUAGUGCUCUCCUCUCCUCUGCGCUCUGGAGUAAACUGAGGGGGCCUUCUGGGUUGGGAGUUCCCCCUUGGCUCCUCCUCCUCCUCCCUACCUUGACCCUCAUGCCUGCUGGUCCUGGGAGUCUGGUUGGUUCUCCAUCCCUGUUCCUUGGGGGAGAGAGGGUUGAUUUGGGACUUUGGGGUCCCCAAAGGCAGAGGGGCUCCCCCAUCUGUCCGCCUAGCACCCAAUGCGGCCUCGCCUCCUCCACGGGCUCUCUGGGGUCUCUGUCACCCUCCUCUGGGUGGCGCUCGUCUCGGUGAGACACAGAACUCCUGGACUCAGUGGGACAGCCCCUGGGGAGAAGAGCUCCAGGCGGCGGGCUCUGGCCCUCACGGAGGUCUACAUUGCUGUCAAGACUACCCAGAGCUAUCACGGGUCUCGGCUGAAGCUGCUGCUGGACACUUGGAUCUCCAGGGCAAGGAAUCAGACCUACAUCUUCACUGAUGGAGAAGACCACGCCCUCCAGGAGAGACUAGGGUCCCACCUAGUGAUUACAAACUGUUCUGCGGAGCACAGCCACCCAGCCUUGUCCUGCAAGAUGGCUGCUGAGUUAGAUGCCUUCUUGGCCAGCAGGCUGAGUUGGUUCUGCCACUUGGAUGAUGACAAUUACCUGAACCCAGAGGCCCUGCUGACACUCCUGUCCUCCUUCUCGCCCACCUGGGAUGUAUACAUUGGGAAACCGAGUCUGAACAGGCCCAUCAAGGCUUCAGAACCAAUGUCCAACAACCAGACGAGGCCAGUACAAUUCUGGUUUGCUACAGGUGGAGCUGGUUUCUGUAUCAACCGAAAAUUGGCCAGGAAGAUGGUGCCGUGGGCCAGUGGCCCCAAUUUCCUGAGUACCUCCACUAGGAUCCGACUCCCUGAUGACUGCACUGUGGGUUACAUUGUUGAGUGCAAGCUGGGGCGCCGCCUGCUCCCCAGCCCUCUGUUCCAUUCCCACCUGGAGAACCUACAGGCUCUUGGGGCUGCCCAGCUUCCAAAUCAGGUUACUCUCAGCUAUGGAAUCUUUGAGAAGAAACUUAAUGCCAUUGACCUGGAUGGUCCCUUCUCUCCACAAGAAGACCCAUCCAGGUUCCGAUCCCUCCAUUGUCUCCUCUACCCUGACACUUCCUGGUGCCCACAACAGGCUACUCAAUGACCCCUGACAUUUCUUUCUUGGAACAAAGGCCAAGGAAGAACUUUGGUUACUGUAUCACUUAUAGAAGAUCUGAGGGUCAUCCCUAGCCCAACUUUUUCUUCUUCAGUGGGAUCCUCAGGGCGCUCUGGUCCUUGGGGAAGAACAAAAGUAUUGUCAGUAGUGGGUUUCCUGACUUCCUUCAGGAUGACAUCUGGGUUUGGACAGUGACUAUCAUCUAAUCCAAGGCAUCUACUGAUUUCCCUUAUUCAUGGGAUACCAUCUCUUCCAGGAGACCUAAUGAAGUGUUGGGUGGCUAAGGAACCUGGCAAGACUGAGUUGGGAGGUGGAAAGGGCCAGGCUCUCUUCAGGCAUAUGGAGGAUGAGUCAAGCAGAGGGUUAGAAUUAGGGUGAGGGACAAGGGACAGUCCUUUGAGGAAAAGGGGCCAGAAGACGUUUCUAUAUUCCUGGGGCAGAAGGUCCUUAUUGAUCUAAAGAAGGCAAAGCAAAACUCCUAGCUGGAUCUUGGGUCAGGGUUGUCCCUUUUUGGACAUCAGUUUCCUUAUCUGAAAAAUGAGGGGAUCAUAUUUGAUGGUUUCUAAGUUGUCUCCCAUUUCCUUCAUUUCAUGAGAUCUUAGCUCCGACUAUAUUUUUAGGUCCCCCACCUCAGUUCUGGCAUUCUGAGGGUCCUCCCAUCAAUGACAUUUCAUGUUUUGAGGUCCCUUUUAACUCUGACAUUCUAUAACUCCCCCUCUAUUCACUCAGAUUCGUGUUGGGGUUCUGCUGUCCUCAGGCUGACAGCAAAUCCUUUUGAACCAGCAGAAUAAAAUGAGACACUAGGGCUGUGUCACAGAAUGGGUCCUUCUCUCAAAACCUCUGUAUGCUGGGGCUCAUCUCGAGACACGUAUAGCAAUCCCCCUAAGACUCUAAGUGGCAGAGGAGUUAUUGAUUUGCAUUAGUAAAGGGAGUUCCCUCAUUCGGGAAUUCCCUACACCAAUGAAGCAACUAGGUGGUACAGUAGAUAGUGUUGGCCCUGGAGUUAGGAGGACAUGAGUUCAAAUAUAGCCUUAGAUACACAAUAACUAUGUGAUUCUGAGAAAAUAUUUUCACCCUCUUUGUUUCGGUUUCCUUAUUUGCAAAAUGAGCUGAAGAAGGAAAUAACAAACCACUCCAUUUCUCUGCCAAGAAAACUCCAAAUGGGGACAUGACUGGAAAAAUGACAGAACAACACCACCAAUGUAAUUGCAAGUCCUAUUCCCUUCUCCAGUGAUCAGUCCUAGGAUUUGGAGCAGGCAUUGGGACCUUAGAGGGUGAUAUGACUUCACUCUCUUUUUUUACAGAGAAGAAAAUUGAGACCUAUAGAGGGAAAUUGAUUUGCCCAGCUCACAUGGGUAGAGCUUAGCACCCACAUCUUCUCAUUCCCAAUCCAAUGCCUUUUCCAUCUCUGGACUUCAAGCUGUGAUGUGCUAUGAUGAUUGUAGCAGGGUAUGUGGUCUGGUGGUAAGGAAAAAGAGGAGAGUCAAGAGAUACAGACCCUUUGCUUGGUUCUUUGGUCCCUAAAUGGGAAUGAGUUCGAAUUGGAAUGUGAGAUGAAUAGGAUGCCAUCUGGUUAAAGCUGAUCCAUGUUACCAGAAAUAAGGUAUAGUAAGGGAGGUCUGGGAAGAGGAAUAAUCCAUGGCCUGAUACAUGGUAGGUACUUGAUAAAUUGAUAGCUUGAUGGGGUGUUUGGGGAGUCACCGGAUGGGAUGAGGGGGAGAUUAAAGCAUUCCCAUUUUAUUGAUGCUGUUUUCUUUUACAUUGCUGACAUUUCCCAGUGCACUUUCUCCUCCCUAACCACACCAUCCUGUAGCAUCCUCUCCCAAUACAAAAUAGGACAGUUAAGCAAAACAAAUCAAUACAUUGUCCUUGUCUGAUGACAUAUGUUUCAUUUUUCACCUGUAGUUCCCUACUUCUCAGGCAAAACAAACCAAUACAUUGACUGUGUCUGACAGAAUAUGCCUCAUUCCCUGCCUGUAACUCUCCACCUUUCAGUUUUUCAGUCAACAAGCAUUUAUUUUCUCUCUUCCCUCCCCUGACCUGCAAUUUAAAAGAAAAAAAAGAGGAAAAAAAUCUUUGUAACAAAUUUGCCUAGACAAGCAAACAAAUCCCCUCAUUAUCCAUGUCCAAAACCAUAUAUGUCUCAUUGUGCAAUGUGAGUCUUAUUACUUCUCUGGCAGGAGAUGGGUAGUAGGUUUCAUUGAGAGUCCUCUGCAAUCAUUGUGUUGAUCAGAGUUCCCAAAUCUUUCAAAAUUGUUGAUCUUUACAAUGUUAUUGUUACUAUAUAAAU